GCACGUGGCCGGGGGGAGGGGGCGAUCGUGCGCCCGCCCACGCACCGGGGCCUGGCCGGCGGUGCCCCCCCCACCCAGGGGAGAGGGGCCAAGAGGGGGGUGGCCGGGCCGUGGGUGGGCGUGUGGCUGCUGGAGACCCCGGGGGGAGAGGCGGCGGGCUCGGGGCUGGCUGCCGCUCUCCCCGCCCCCCCAUCGCCACCCCUGGGAGGCCCGGGAGCAGCAGCAGCAGCAGCAGCGUCGGGCGGCCUCCCCUCGGUCCCGCCGCUGUUCGCAGCAAGGGCUGCUGCCUCGCAAGUUUGCCUUGCGAGUUGCAUGAUGGCUUGCUGCCGCCGCCGCCCGGGAUUCGAGCUGGGACCUCUGCAGGCAGCGCUGCAUCGAGCCGCCGUGCUGGUUGCAGGACUGAGGAGAGCCGGUCCUCCUGUGGUCAAGGGAAGUUGUGCCCUCGAGUCGCUCAGCCCGGUGGCUGUCUUGGGUCCUGCCAAGAUGCUCCGAUCCUUUGGCAGCCUGAGCGCUCGGCGUGUGGUCUCGUGUGCUGCCCACCACCGCAGUCUCUGGGGAGGAUCCCAGGCGAUCCAUGGACCAGCCAGCGGCCACCUCCAGCCUGCCCGCCCGCACCAUCUUGCACGUCCAGCAGGUGGCGUGGGCUGGCAACUGCCUGUGUUGAUGGCCAGGGAAGUGGGCAGGGUUGCCAUUUCUGACCCCAUUUGCCCAGCAGCCCAGGGCAUCCUCACUGGAGCGAGAAGGGCCUUGUCCUAUGGCAGGACCAAGGGGCACAGGGCUGGCUGGAGGUCUCUCUCUCAGGGGACCCCGCAGAACUCCAGUCCACAGAUCCGCCUGAGGACCCGGCUGCUCAUCGCCUUCCUCUUUGGGGGUGGGGUCCUGGCAGCCUGGCUGUAUCUGCGAGCAGAGAAAGCCCAGAGGGAGAAAUGGAGGCGCCUUGAGGAGCUGAAGAAGGUGGCCAUCGGGCAGGGGGAUUUCCACUUGGUGGACCACAGGGGGCAGCCCCGCUCCAAGGCCGACUUGAAAGGCAGCUGGGUCUUGCUCUACUUCGGCUUCACUCACUGCCCCGAUAUCUGCCCGGACGAGCUGGAGAAGAUGAGCCGGGUGGUGGAGCUGCUGGACCAGGAAGGGCACCUCCCUCGCGUCCAGCCUGUCUUUGUCACCGUCGACCCCGAGCGCGACGACGUGGAGGCCCUUGCCAAGUACGUGCGGGAGUUCCACCCACGGCUCCUGGGGCUGACGGGCACCCCCGAGCAGGUGCGCGAAGCUGGCCGGGCCUACCGCGUCUACUACAGCGCCGGGCCCAGAGACGAGGACGACGACUACAUCGUGGACCACACGGUGAUCAUCUACCUGCUCAGCCCAGACGGGCUCUUCCUGGACUACUACAACCGCAGCAAGACAGAAGCCCAGAUGGCCGAGAGCAUCAAGGGCCACAUGGCCACCUACAGGAGUCUCUUUGGCUGAGCUGGGCUGGCCUGCACCCCAUGUGGGCGCUGCCUGAGGCCUGGGCAGCAGCAGCAGCAGCACAUGGAGGCCCUCUGCCCCACACUGUCCUCUCCUGCUCCCACUUGCUCCCCAUGUCCCAGUGCAGGCGCUUAGCAGCAGCAGCCGCCGUGAAGGCUGGCAGGUGGCUAGUUGGCCAAACCAGCAAAUAAGCAGGGGAGCUUGCAAAUGGACCGCCUGCUCCUCCCAGGGUGAACAGCCAAGUCUGGUCUCCUUCUUCCCCCUGCUCCUUAGUGCCUUUCAACUGCACUCAGCGCUCCUGAGGAGGAGCCCCAGGCCAGGGGACUGCCAACAGAGGUGCCGCUGCCUCUGCUUCCUGCCGGCUCAAGCUGCUCCUCUCUCUGCUGCCACUCCUGGGAGCUGUGCUGCCUGCAGGCUGGCCAUUCACCAGGUAGGGCUGUGAGGUUAACCAAGAGCCAUGCCGCAGGCAGCCUGCAGGCGGCACAGCUCUUGGUCGGGUGGAAGAGAGGGGAGGGACCCCAGCUGCUGCUGCCAGGAAGCAGAGGCCGUGGCAGCUCCUUUGGUGCCCCCUGGCUUGUUAGGACCAGCCGCUCCUCUGGAGGGAUGUGCAACCCCCCCCCCCCCGGCUCUAGAGGGGGUGCAGCAGCCUCCACCUUGAAGCCUGAGCAGUUGAGUGUGGGCACAAGACCGCCUGACCCCUCCCACGUGGGAAAUGGGGCACCAAAGGAAGCAGGGCCAUCUUUGCGUGGCUGCUGGUGGUGGGGAGGCUCCAUAUGCUUGGUCUCCCAUGCACGAGGGCAGCAGCAGGCUGCUUACAGAAAGGGUGAAAAUACUGGAGCAGCUUGCAGUGGGCGCAGCAGAGCAUAUUUAAAGAAGUGGGGUGCAGGGUGAGGUCCCUUAAACCACCGUUAGCAUGAGAUCCAGGAGAGAAGCUCCUUGCUGGAUCCCAGUCUCCCAAGAAGCCAGCAUGGCCUUUGGCUCAGCAGAGGGCAGCACCAGGAAGCAGAAGCCCCUGUGGCAACCUUGUGCUAGGACUUGCCCGGGUGGGCCUGGGGGCAGGGCCUUCUGGUUGCAGUUGCGGCUGCUGUGGUUCCCUCUAGGGUCCCUGAGCCCACAGCUUUGCCCAGGGAUGUGGUGCACAUGUGGGGAAAUGACCCCCACCCAAGCCGGUAGAAGGGAACAGGCUGGCAGCCCUGGCCUUGAAAACCACUGGAAACUGUGGAAGGGCUGCCAAACUGGGCCUGCCUUCUCAGACACUAUUGCUUGGCUCAGCCUCCACUGGGUACACCUUCCUGGUAUGCCCAGCUCUUCUGAGGGAUGGACUAUUUAUAUUUGUGGUCAUUAAAAAAAUAAAAAGUGUGGUAGUAAGUUCCACAGGCUGUGUUAAAUGAGAACAAAUGCUAUAAAUCGUAUUGCACAAGGCAGAUGCACA